AUGGCCAACUAUAGUAGUAAGUACAUUCGAGAUUUUGCAACACUAACUGCUCCCCUUCGUGACCUGACGAAAAAGGAUGUUCGUUUUGAGUGGACUCAAACACACCAAACUGCUUUUGAAAAGCUGAAAAACACGCUUGCAAUUGCUCCAUGUAUGUCAUAUUUCGACAAAAACAAACAAACUUUUGUGACAGUUGAUGCUAGUCCUGUAGGAAUUUCUGGAAUUCUUUCUCAGAAACCAAGAAACGGUGACGUAGACAGUCAACAGAUAAUUGCAUAUGCCAGCCGAGCGCUGACUGAUACAGAAAAGAGAUACUCCCAGACGGAAAAAGAAGUGUUAGCGAUAGUAUGGGCAGUUGAACAUUUCCAUUUAUUUUUAUUUGGAAGUGAAUUUACACUAAUAACUGACCAUAAACCUUUAGAAAUUAUUUAUGGCCAACGUACAGCCAAAACAACUGCAUGA